AUGGUCAAGUCGUAUCAAAGAUACGAGCUGGAACGCACGUUUGGUGUGAUAUCCUCCAAUAGCAAUGCUUUGUGGCUGCCCGGUGGCUCCAAGUCCGGUGGAAAAGCCAUCACUGCUGGAGUGGAGCAGGUGCUUGUAUGGGACAUCAAGACCGGUGAGUUAUUGCAGAGACUUCACGAUGGUGCCAAAGUUGGGGCUUCAAACGCUGCGACAUCAACAGCCCCUGCCGAGGUGGUCACCUUGGCUUUCGAGCCAAGCUCCCAACUCAUUGCUGCGGGCUGUGACGAUGGUGCUAUCAAGAUCUGGGAUAUGUCUUCAGGCUCAGUGAUUAUGGUUUUCAACGGUCACAGAUCAGCCGUUACACAGCUCCAAUUUGACAAGUCUGGUACCAGACUGUGCUCUGGGUCAAGGGAUUCCAGUAUCAUUUUGUGGGAUCUGGUAGGAGAAACAGGUCUGUUCAAAUUGCAGGGCCACAGAGACCAAGUCAACGGGCUCACAUUCCUGAGCAAUGACGAGAAUAAAGUCGUGGAUGACUUGGAAGACUACCUUGUUUCCACUUCUAAGGAUGGUCUCAUCAAGUUGUGGGAUCUCAAGUCUCAGCAGUGUAUAGAAACACACGUUGCCCAUUCCGGCGAGAGUUGGGCGAUGGGUGUGGACCCUACAAAGCAGUUCCUCAUAACCUCCGGCAUGGAGAACCAGAUAAAGGUGUGGAGAAUAGAUUUGGAACAGAAGACAAGAAAAUUGAUAGAACUGGGAUUUUACGAAAAACAGAGCAAGGCAAGAGGAUCGGAAAUCUCCUUCUGCACCGUCUCUUCCAAUGCAUUCUUCUUCGUGCAGAAUGCAGACCGUACAGUCGAAGUCUUCAGAUUGAGAACCCCCGAUGAGAUAGCAAAGGCAAAGACUAAAAGAACAAAGAGACUCAAAGAAAAAGGAAUGGAUGACGACGAAAUCGCAGAGUCACUUUCCGGUGGGUUGAUCAACAUGUUGAUCUGCCCUUUCACAAUAAUCAGAGCCCCAUCCAAACUGAGAUCAUGCACAUGGACAGUCACCAACAAAAAUAAGCUCGAUAUUCUGUUGGCUCUGAACAACAACUCUUUGGAGUACCACACUAUCUCCAUGCCGGAAUCCAUAAGGAAACAUAAUGUGCAGACGCCUAUAUCUUCCAAGAAGUACAUGAUAACGUUAGCUGGCCACAGAAACGAUAUCAGGUCUGUGGAUAUUAGUGAUGACAACAAAUUGAUAGCCACAUCGUCCAAUGGUCAGCUCAAGAUUUGGAAUACGAAAACUACUAAUUGCAUAAGGUCAUUUGACUGUGGUUACUCGCUGGUAUCUAGGUUCUUGCCUGGUGGAGCUUUGGUGAUCUUGGGAACGAAAGAGGGCGAAUUGGAACUUUACGAUCUGGCAUCUUCCACUCUCCUCCAUUCCGAAUCAGAAGCUCACGCUGGUGCUAUUUGGUCGAUAGAAAUCUCUGCUGAUGGUAAGUCGUUCAUAACCGGUUCUGCAGACAAAAAUGUCAAGUUCUGGGACAUCAAGGUGGACCAAGAGGCCCAUGUCAGCUUUGAGCACAAGCGUACUUUGGAGCUGAAUGAAGACGUUCUUUGUGUUCGUCUUACUCCUGAUAACAAGCUUCUUGCUGUUUCUCUUCUUGACAACACUGUGAAGGUAUUUUUCCAAGACACCCUCAAGUUCUUCCUCAGUCUGUACGGCCAUAAACUGCCCGUGCUUUCAAUCGACAUCUCUUUCGACUCCAAACUUAUUAUCACGUCCUCUGCUGAUAAAAAUAUCAGAAUUUGGGGUCUGGACUUUGGUGAUUGUCACAAGUCUAUUUUCGGACACCAGGACUCGAUAAUGUGUGUGAGGUUCCUGCCCGAGUCCAAGAACUUCUUUAGUUGCAGCAAAGACGGAAUGGUCAAGUACUGGGACGGUAUCAAGUUCGAGUGUAUUCAGAAGCUCGCAGCUCAUCACUCUGAAGUGUGGUCGCUUGCAGUGAGUUCUGACGGUGACUUUAUGUGCUCUGUUUCUCACGAUAAGAGCAUCAGAGUUUGGUACCAGUCGGACGACGAGGUGUUCAUCGAGGAAGAGAAGGAGAAGGAAAUGGACGAGCUGUACGAGGAUAAGUUGCUGCAAUCGUUGGAAGGCGAUGAGCCAGUUAAAAAGAACGAUGAUGAAGAAGUUGAGGACGAAGUCACGAGAGCUUCAAGACAGACCAUGGAGACCCUGAAGGCUGGUGAAAAGUUGAUGGAGGCUCUGGACCUGGGCUCGAAAGAGUACGACGAAUUUGAGCAGUACGAACGCGAGUUGAAAGCAUUUAAGCUUGGAAAGAUCAAGACGAUGCCUGACACCCCAACCAGAAACCCAAUUCUGGCUGCUUUGAACCAGAAGCCAGAGGUGUACAUUCUUGAUGUUUUACUCAAGAUUAGACCUGCUCAGUUGGAUGACUCUCUGGUGGUGUUGCCAUUUUCAUACACGCUAAAGCUGCUAAAGUUUAUCCAGGUAUGGACCAAUGAUGAUAAUAUCAAUAGGAACAUCACGAGCCUUAGUUCCAUCUGCCGUGUGCUCUUCUUUAUCGUUCGCUCCAACGCCAUGGAGUUGAUCAACCAGAAGGAUGAGGACCUGAAGAGACAAAUUCUUUCUCUGAAAGAGCAGCUCAGAAAACAACUCUCCAAGUCAACCAACGAGAUUGGCUUCAACGUCGCAGGACUCAAGUAUAUGAAGACUCAGUGGAAUUUGAACCAUAGUGUUCAGUUUGUGGACGAGUUCAAACAGGCCCAAGUCGACGAAGACAAGUCCAGAAAGAGAGUCUAUACUACACUUACAUAG